AUGGCGAAGGCAACGCGCAAGAAGAAAGAGAAGGCUGCCGACUUCUCAAAAUCCAAACUUAAACUCGGCAAGGGCAAACAGCUCCCAACAAACGCAGUCGACACCUCCUUCAAAGCGCGGUCCAUCGCCCUUCCCUCCCAAUCCAUUGCUUCAUCCAAAUCUUCGAACGAGCCCACGACCAAACGCAAGCUCUCGCUCGACGAUCUCCUUGCGCAACUAAAACACUACUCGCCUUCCACCCGCCGCGACGCCCUCUCCGGUCUCCGCGAACUUCUCACCGGACAUCCAAAUCUCUUGCUACCCGCACUUCCGCGCCUCUUGACCUCCACUGCGCGCCUGAUAUCCGACGAUGAUCAAUCAGUCCGCAAAGCUUUGCUUUCGCUGCUCUCCUUUGUCCUCCCGACCGCCGGACCCGAAUCACUAGCUCCCCAUGCGCCCUCCCUCCUGCUCUUCACCGCCAGCGCUCAAACGCACAUCUUCCCGGCCGUAGCUCUCGACGCCGUCCGACUACUCGACCUUCUCCUCGAUAUAUUGCCGGAAGCCGUAGCCACACCUCGCGUGUUACAGGGCUACCUGUCCCUUCUAAGCGCCGGCACAGCCUUCGGCGCAGACGAAGUUGGCGAGCCAAAGGCUACCAGUACAGCCAGCGUGGUCCUCUCGCCUCCGAGUCGUGCGGUAGUACUCAAGUCGCUGGCACGCUUCUUACGCGUGUUCCUUGGGCAAGAUGGGAAGGCGGUCAAGGAAGGGCUGGACAUCAGCUUCUUGAAGCCGCAUUUCGAGAGCGAAAAGGCGUUCGAAGCAUUUGAUCAUCUGUUACGCCCGAAGACUGCUCCUCAAGCUGUGUGGACGCCCCGCGCGGAUGCCGCGAAUGAUUUCUUUGUCGCGGAAGUCACGGCUGGGUUCAAACUCGACGCGGGUCCUUCGUUGCGCGACCUGUCGUCCCUGCAGGCGGAAGAGCAGGACGGCGGCCUGUCAUACCAAGCUCGGAUAGCUCGUACACUUCACCCAGUCCUCUUAGCAGCCUUCCUCGACGCCGCGCCCUCCGCCUUCUCCCCCGGCGCUCCAGGACCCGAACACGACCUUACAAUCACCCGUGCUGUCUCCGAGAUCUACCUCGCACUGUAUACCUCCGCGCCAGCAGAUGUACCCUUGGACGAGCUGCAGACCUUCCUAUCACACAUGGCGCCGUACUUCCCCUUCCGCGGGCCUGAUGCCACCACGACAGGAAGAAAAGAGAGGGAAGAGGCGCUCGAGGUGUUGGACUUGGCGUAUUGUGCCCUUGCGGCAAGAUUGUUGUCUGCUCCAUCACAGACAUCGAAACGCGCGCAGUCUCAAGCUCGUGCAUUGGCAUCUUCCGCGUCAGCACACCUCGCUUCGCUCCUCAAUGCCGCAUCUGCACCCGGAGAUGGCUUGGGCUCUGCACGAGGGCCGAGCGCGAGCGCCUAUGCCGCGCUCGUGCCAGCCGCAUGGGCUUUGCUAUCCUCGUCACCUACCUCUCCGAGUGAGAAGAGGAGUAAGGGCAAGGGCAGGGAGGACGCGAUGGACGUCGACGAGACUGAAAACGCAGACGUUCUGCGUGCCGCGCUCGCGCAUUCGGCGCGCGUGCCAGCAACAAGCGCCGUUGGCGCUCUAGCGCGCGAGUUCGCCGCCCGACUCGUCUUGCUCGAGACCGCACCGGGCUUCACCGUAUGCUCACCUCUAUCACCCCCUCACGAUCUCGUCGAGAGCUGGGUACUCGGUCUUCCGCGCGCAUUGUGGGAGCUAAGCGGUGCACCCACGCAGACGGCGCGUACACUCAGGACUGUCCUGCGCCUCGCACAAAGACGAGCGCUGGACGGGAGCGUCUGGAAGAAGAUUGCGGAACGCCUGGCGCCCUUCUUUUCGAUAACACACCCUACACGCGGGACUAUAUCUGGCCCGUACGCGAAGCUAAGCCAUACGGAUAGGCGGCUCGCGCUGGAUGUUGCCGCUACUGUUGGCUCGUGCGCACCCGAAGGAGCAGUGAGGGAGAAGCUUGAUGCUGCCGUUGUGCGCGCGAUCACCGGGUUGGCUCAGUCGGUAGAUGCAGGACUAGUAGGCGAUGGCGAAUACUGGGCCGCUGUAAGGCGUAUCGUAUAA